AUGGGCUGGUCCCUGCUCCAUUACCGACAAGUCUUCUUUUUAUCUUAAUAGCUUCCUCCCUCUCAAGCUUCACUGUUUUGAAUCUUUUGAUCUGCGAUUUUCUUCCAACUCUUCCUUCCUUGAUGGCUUCUUCAAGCUCCGGAAACUCAAUAGCUGCAUCAGAGGCUGUUCAGGUUUUGGUCUCUUCUCUGGCAGAUGAAUCCCCCACUGUUCGACAAUCCUCCAUGGCUUCUCUGAAGGACAUCGCUAGCUUGAAUCCGCUUCUGGUUCUUGAUUGUUGCUAUACGGUUUCUCGAGGCGGACGUCGACGAUUUGGGAACAUGGCUGGGGUGUUUCAAGUGAUGGCACUGGGAGUUAGUGCAUUAAACGAAGGAGAUGUUGAUCCUUCUUUCAUGGCAAAGCUUGCAAAGAUUGCCACCACAGAAAUGAUCUCGUCUAAGGAACUAAAUGCUGACUGGCAAAGGGCUGCAGCAGGCCUAUUGGUUUCAAUUGGUUCCCAUUUGCCUGACCUUAUGAUAGAAGAAAUUUUUCUUCAUUUGUCAGGGCCGAGUUCAGCUUUGCCAGCUAUGGUUCAAAUACUCGCAGACUUUGCUUCGGCUAAUGCUAUACAGUUCAUUCCACGACUGAAAGGUGUGCUUUCCAGAGUUUUACCUAUUCUUGGAAAUGUGCGAGAUGUCCAUCGGCCAAUAUUUGCAAAUGCAUUUAGAUGUUGGUGUCAGGCUGCUUGGCAAUAUAACAUGGAUUUCCCCUCACUUUCUCCUCUUGAUGCUGAUGUCAUGUCGUUUUUAAAUUCUGCCUUUGAGCUUUUAUUGAGAGUAUGGGCAACUUCAAAGGAUCUUAAGGUUCGCACGUCCUCUGUGGAAGCAUUGGGUCAGAUGUUUGGUCUUGUCACCCGGACACAACUAAAGACAGCUUUACCCAGGCUUGUCCCUACUAUACUGGAAUUGUAUAAAAAAGAUCAAGAUAUCGCCCUACUUGCAACUUGUAGUCUUUACAAUCUCCUAAAUGCCUCGUUACUGUCAGAAACUGGUCCGCCUUUGCUUGAUUUUGAGGAUCUCACAGUUAUUCUAUCAACACUCCUUCCGGUUGUUUGCUUUAAUAAUGAUAUCAAAGAGAAUUCAGAUUUUUCAGUGGGAUUGAAGACCUAUAAUGAAGUUCAACGUUGUUUUUUAACAGUUGGCUUGGUAUACCCUGAUGAUCUGUUUACAUUCCUCUUAAAUAAAUGCCGGUUGAAGGAAGAGUCUUUGACUUUUGGUGCGCUAUGUGUUUUAAAGCAUCUCUUACCAAGGUCGUCUGAAGCUUGGCAUAGUAAAAGGCCUUUGCUUGUUGAAGCUGUAAAGUCGUUGCUAGAUGAGCAAAAUUUUGGUGUUCGGAAGGCGUUGUCUGAGUUGAUUGUAGUAAUGGCCUCACACUGCUAUUUGGUUGGUCCAUCUGCGGAGUUGUUCAUUGAAUACCUUGUAUGUCAUUGUGCUCUAUCAGAUCACAAUAGAAAUGAUCCUGAGAACUCCAAGGUGAGGAUAGGAGCCUUUUGUCCUACCAAGUUAAGAGCUGUGUGUGAGAAGGGUCUUCUUCUACUAACUAUAACAAUUCCUGAAAUGGAGCAUAUUCUAUGGCCUUUUCUAUUGAAGAUGAUUAUUCCACGAUCUUACACCGCUGCUACUGCGACUGUUUGCAGAUGCAUCUCAGAAUUAUGCAGAAACAGAUCUUCUAAUAGUAAUAGUAUGGUUAGUGAGUGCAAAGCUCGUGCUGAUGUCCCGAGUCCAGAGGAGCUUUUUGCUCGCUUGUUGGUGCUUUUACAUGAUCCACUAUCAAUGGAGCAGCUGGCAACUCAGAUUUUGACAGUCCUUUGUUAUUUGGCACCUCUCUUCCCGAAGAAUAUCAACUUGUUUUGGCAAGACGAGAUUCCUAAAAUGAAGGCUUAUGUCAGUGACACGGAUGACCUAAAGUUGGAUCCUUCAUACCAGGAGACUUGGGAUGACAUGAUAAUCAAUUUUCUUGCAGAAUCAUUGGAUGUGAUCCAAGACACUAAUUGGGUGAUCUCUCUCGGAAAUGCUUUCACACACCAAUACGAGCUCUAUACGUCGGAUGAUGAACAUUCUGCUCUUCUCCACAGGUGCCUUGGAAUGCUUCUACAGAAAGUUGAUGACAGGGCUUAUGUUCGAAAUAAAAUUGAUUGGAUGUAUAAACAAGCUAGCAUUGCUAAUCCAGCCAACAGGCUUGGUUUGGCAAAAGCCAUGGGAUUGGUUGCAGCUUCUCACUUGGAUACCGUGUUGGAAAAACUGAAAGUCAUUCUGGAUAAUGUCGGGCAGAGUAUUUUUCAAAGGUUGUUGUCUCUUUUCUCUGAUAUUUAUAGAACAGAAGAGUCAGAUGAUAUACAUGCUGCCUUGGCUUUGAUGUAUGGUUAUGCUGCACGAUAUGCUCCAUCAACAGUUAUUGAAGCCAGAAUAGAUGCCCUUCUUGGGACUAAUAUGCUUUCUCGGCUUCUUCAUGUACGUCACCCUACAGCAAAGCAGGCUGUAAUAACCGCUAUUGAUUUACUAGGCCGUGCUGUGAUUAAUGCUGCGGAAAGUGGUGCAUCAUUCCCUCUGAAGAAAAGAGACCAAAUGCUUGACUAUAUUCUAACUUUGAUGGGGAGAGAUGAUGAUGGUUUUGUUGAUUCCAGUCUUGAACUUCUGCGUACUCAGGCUCUGGCUUUAAGUGCCUGUACUACCUUGGUCUCUGUGGAGCCAAAGCUGACAAUAGAAACAAGAAAUUACAUCAUGAAGGCAACCUUGGGGUUCUUUGCUUUGCCUAAUGAGCCAGUGGAUGUUGUCAAUCCCCUCAUAGAAAACCUUAUCACUCUCUUAUGUGCAAUUCUUCUAACAAGUGGAGAGGAUGGAAGAAGCCGGGCCGAGCAGCUAUUGCACAUUAUGAGACAUACUGAUCAGUAUGUUUCUUCCUCUGAGGAGCAUCAGAGGAAGAGAGGCUGUCUUGCAGUUUAUGAGAUGCUUCUCAAGUUUCGGAUGCUUUGCAUCACUGGACAUUGUGCCCUAGGUUGCCAUGGAAGUUGCACUCACAGAAAACAAACUGACCGUACUCUUCAUAGCACCAUUUCCAAUUUACCAUCUGCAUUUGUAUUGCCAAGUCGUGAAGCCCUUUGUUUGGGAGAGAGGGUCAUUAAAUAUCUUCCACGUUGUGCAGACACUAAUUCUGAAGUUAGAAAAGUUUCUGCUCAGAUUCUUGAUCAACUAUUCAGCCUCGCUCUUUCACUUCCAAAGCCUUCAGGUUUUAGCUUAAAUGUGGAUAUAGAAUUGCCCUACAGUGCCUUAUCCUCUCUAGAGGAUGUUAUAGCUAUCUUGAGAAGUGAUGCUUCCAUUGAUCCAUCAGAAGUUUUUAACAGAAUCGUGUCCUCAAUCUGUCUUUUAUUGACAAAAGAUGAGCUUGUUGCCACCCUGCAAGGCUGCUCAGCAGCUAUAUGUGAUAAGAUCAAGCCAUCAGCUGAAGGGGCUAUACAAGCUAUUAUUGAGUUUGUUAUGAAAAGGGGGAAAGAGCUAAGUGAAACGGACGUUUCAAGGACAACUCAAUCAUUGCUCUCUGCUGUGGUUCAUGUUACAGAGAAGCAUUUGCGUCUGGAGACUCUUGGAGCUAUUGCUUCUCUAGCUGAAAGUACUAGUUCAAAUAUUGUCUUUGAUGAAGUAUUGGCCACAGCUGGAAAGGAUGUAGUUACGAAGGAUAUAUCUAGACUACGAGGUGGCUGGCCAAUGCAGGACGCAUUCUAUGCCUUUUCUCAACACGCAGUUCUUUCUUUUCAAUUCCUGGAGCAUCUGAUAUCAUUCCUUAACCAGACUCCUGUUGUUAAGAGUGAUUUGGAGAAAGGAGACAACUCUAGUCAUUUAGCUGAUGGUCAGAUAGAGGAUGACAUUCUGCAAGCUGCUAUGAUUGCUCUCACUGCCUUUUUCAGAGGGGGUGGUAAAGUUGGAAAGAAAGCAGUAGAGCAAAGCUAUGCCUCUGUUGUUGUUGCACUCACACUCCAAUUUGGAAGUUGUCAUGGUCUAGCUAGUUCUGGUCAGCAUGAGCCAUUGCGAGCUCUUCUAACAGCAUUUCAAGCCUUUUGUGAGUGUGUCGGAGACCUUGAAAUGGGAAAGAUUUUGGCUAGAGAUGGAGAGCAAAAUGAAAAGGAGAGGUGGAUCAAUCUUAUCGGAGAAUUAGCUGGCAGCAUAUCUAUAAAGAGGCCAAAAGAAGUUCGGACUAUUUGUGUAAUUUUAACGGAAUCUUUAAACCGACGUCAAAAAUUUCAAAGGGAAGCUGCUGCUGCGGCAUUGUCGGUGUUUGUUCCCUAUAGUGGGGGGUUUGAUUCCCUGUUGGAGCAGAUGGUUGAAGCAUUGUGCCGGCAUGUUUCGGAUGAGUCUCCAACAGUUAGACGUCUUUGUUUAAGAGGGCUUGUCCAGAUACCAUCGCUUCAUAUUUAUCAGCACACAAUCCAGAUUCUUGGCAUAAUAGUGGCAUUGCUUGAUGAUUUGGAUGAAUCUGUGCAAUUAACUGCUGUUUCGUGCCUACUGAUGAUUCUUGAAUCAUCCCCAGAUGAUGCAGUAGAGCCCAUUUUGCUCAAUCUUUCUGUUCGGCUCCGCAAUCUUCAAAUAUCCAUGGAUGUGAAAAUGCGAGCUGAUGCCUUUGCAGCAUUUGGAGCCCUGAGUAAAUAUGGUGUUGGGGCACAGCGUGAAAUAUUUCUUGAGCAGAUACACGCUGCCAUUCCUCGCCUGGUUUUGCACCUUCAUGAUGAUGAUCUUAGUGUGAGACAGGCUUGCCGAAACACUCUGAAAAGGCUUGCCCACUUGAUGGAGAUGGAAGAAUCAACUGCUCUAUUCAACUCGCACUAUUUUACUUCUGAUCACCGAAGUGACUAUCAGGACUUUGUAAGAGAUCUGACUAAGCAGUUUAUCCAGCAUCUUCCUUCCAGAGUUGAUACUUACAUGGCAUCAACCAUACAGGCAUUUGAUGCACCUUGGCCAAUAAUACAGGCUAAUGCUAUUUACUUGGUCAGCUGCUUGGUAUCACUUUCAGAUGAUCAGCGCAUUUUAGCCCUUUACCAAACACAGGUGUUUGGUACGUUGAUGGGGAAGAUGAGUCGAUCACCAGACGCAAUCGUGCGAGCUGCAUGCUCUUCAGCACUUGGCCUAUUACUAAAAUCAACCAAUUCUCUAGUAUGGAGAACAGCUCGACUAGAUUUAAAGUGAUCACGAUUCAAGCCUGAAGUAGGAACGGACAAAGGAUAAAUGGAAAUGAUUGAUCACCGAGUGUCUGAACACUGUCCUCCUCUUUUUUUUUUCUUGUUGCAAGUUGACUGAAUCUACAAGGCCAUAAUGGCCUCUAUUUUAAAGUUAAAGACGGCAAUGCAGCAGGCAGGCAAAAUACAGCAAGCAGGAUAGACGCUCAUCUUUGCCACGAACUGACUGUGUCCAGGUUUUGGGAAAUGUAAUUUAUACUUGUAAAGCUUCCGGUUGCAGUUUUGUUAAAGGCUGUUUGUUGUGUAAGAUUUAAAUUACAGGACUGGUAUGGUUCGGAAUGUUUGCUCGUAGAUUCUUGUACAAUAGGUGUAACCCACCCAUGUAAAGUUGCA